AGAUUUUUAUUAAUAUUUAGAUGAAAUACUCUCAGCAGCUGGAGAAGAGUUUAGCUGGGACCUAGUUAAAUGUUUUUUUAUUGAAUAUUUGACCAGUAUCAUCAUUACGGUUGCGAACCUUGCUCUACCCAUACUCUUCAACUUUAUCAUUAGGAUGGAAAAAUACAGUCCGAAGGUUGAUCUCCUGGUAAACCUAAUGAGAAGUAUCACACUAAGGAUUGCAUCCUUGGUUCUAACAAUAGCUGCUCAAUACCAACUUAAUAAUUGUGAUUACGCUUGUAUUGGUGACGUAAUAUCCGGCUCAACCUUACAGGCCUGUUCAAAUUCUAACCUAGACAUACCUGGGCUCUGUAAGAGAGGAAUAUGUUGGGAGAAUUCUGUAGGAGCUCAAUAUUUUAAACUAACCCUGCUGGAUUUUAUUGUUCAGCUAGUUCUCAUGGUGGUUGAUCUAGCCAGAUCCAAGUGCUGUGCAGGAAAUAUAAGCUUUGAUGUUACCAAACAUGUUCUAGAUAUAGUUUACAGUCAAACUAUUUGCUGGAUGGGUCUGUUCUUUGCUCCGCUGCUCAGCUUGGUAACAUUCAUCAAGUUUGUUUUAAUCCUCUUCAUCAAGAUUAUUUACAUCAAAACUGUGUGCACUCCUCAGGACUCAUUCUACCAGGCGUCCAGGAUAUCCUCGAUAUUCAAAUAUUUCCUCCUGCUCGGGUUCUGGGUCUCCGUUAUACCCUUAUCUCUGUUUAUUGGGUAUAUAACACCUUCUAACAGCUGCGGACCUUUCAAAUAUCAUACUGAGGACGGAUACUACGGAGUAGUUCUAGAUAAACUUGAGAAGAUAAGCUGGGCCCCAGCACAGAAUAUCUUAUACCUGCUCGGACAAAUGACUACAUUGUAUCUCAUUUUUUCAGGUGUAUUGCUGUUGAUCUACUACUAUUAUGCUCAAGCAACAGCUCAGGGGGAUCUCUGCACUAGGAUUGAGAAGGAACUCAAUCAGAUCUCUAUGCAAAAAAAGGAGCUAGUGAGUCGUAUUUCUGAAGAAACAGCUCGGCGGCUUAUCCAGUAACUAGAGUUAUCAUGCUGGAUGUGACUUCUUUGUCUUUUAUUGUCCACUGAGCACUACAAUAUCUGCAGUACACACCGAAAGCUUAGUUUAGGGUGUUUUGCUCCAAGCGGGAUUAUUUCGUAACUAUGAUUUUGUAGUAUCACAUUUAAAACAUUUAACACCAAGAACUACUAGUCUCGAAAAUUCCAAUAUGUGGUCUACCUUUUUUUACCUUAAACAUUGGCGGAGAUAUUAGGAAAUUUGUCUAGAUCAUUAAAAAUCAACAAAACUGUUUACAUCAUUAAUAUCUCCCUCAAUUUUAAAGAUAAAAAGAAGGUAGACCGCGUUUUUGAAAGCUCAUUAGACAAUCAGGCUUUUUUAGGCUCUUUAUGUCAUUUAUCAAUAAUCGGAUUCAAAGACGAUAUUUAACUCGGCUCUCAAUUCCCAUGUUUAUUAGGACACUGUUUAAUAAUCUAUAGUGAUUUAACAAUAUUUAUCAUAAAUAUACAAUAAUAUGCAUAUAGUUUUA